UGCUCUGCUCUGCUCUUGCUGUGGCGUGCCGCCCGCCUCCCUCGCCGUCGGGUCCGCCCCCCGCGCCCACCAUUCAUAACCCCCUCAGUCCCCACCUCCCACACCACCCUCACCUCACGCAUUGCACGCCGCGCCGCAGAUCGGGAGCGCGCCCCACUCCCCCUCCAAUGGUGAGCGCGUCCAGCCUGCUGCUCCCCUCCUCCGUGCGGGACCUCGCCUCCUGCGUCUCCGACGGCGCCGUCCGCGUCGCCUGCACAACGCCGGCCUCCACGCUCGUCGCCUCCGUCGGCGCCGCGGGCUCCUCCUCCCCGGCCACCAUCUCCGUCACCGCCACCUACCACGCCUGCACCUCCCCGCCGCUCCUCCUCCGCCUCACCUGGGCCCAUUCCCCCGUCGGGCCUCCGACGCUCUCCUUCGCCGGGCCCACCGCCUCCUCCCCCGCCGUCCCCCUCCGCCGCCGCAAGGGCACCCGCUCCCUCCCCUCCUCCUCCGACGACCACCACCACCCCCCGCUCGCCCUCUUCUGGGACCUCACCGCCGCCAAGUAUGCCUCCGACUCGUCUCCGGAGCCGGUCUCCGGGUUCUACUUCGUCGCCGUCGCCAACGCGGAGGUCGUGCUCGCGGUCGGCGACCUCGCCGCCGAGUUCGUGAAGGCCAAGUUCGAGGGCCAGAUCCCCAAGGCCCGCUUCCUCCCCGUCGCCCGCGCGGACCGCGUCGUGGCGGCGCCCAACGCAAUGCACGCCGCGCGGGUCCGCUUCGCGGAGGGCGCGCCGGAGCACGAGGUCACCGUCGGCUGCACCACCACCUCCGGGGGCGGCGGCGAGGAGCUCUGGGUCAGCGUCGACGGCAAGCGCACCGUGCACGCGCGCAGGCUGCGCUGGAACUUCCGGGGCAACCAGACGGUCUUCGUCGACGGCGCGCCCGUCGACGUCCUGUGGGACCUCCACGGCUGGUGGUUCCGGGACCCGCCCGGGAGCGCCGUCGUGAUGCUGCGCGCGAGGAGCGCGCUCGAGAGCAGGCUCUGGCUCGAGGAGGAGGCCGCCGCGCCGGGCUUCGCGCUCGUCGUGCAGGCGUUGAGGGCCCCGCCUUGAUGGCCAAUUCUUCAGGUCAAUGCUGCUGCUCACCAUGCUUUGCUUCCCCUGGUUUCUUGUCUGUUGACUUGGAAAAAUUUGAUGGAAUUUAGUAAAUCCAACCAAACCAAGAUGGGAAUGGUUGUGCUUACAGUUUAGGCUUAUAGAUUCUAGUGUGCCAAAUGAACGAGUUUGGGAAGAUACCAUGAAAAUGUGGUAUACAUACAGAGAGGAGAGGAGAGAUUGCUGUGUCGGGAUCAUCUUCUUCUUUCUUUUGCUUUUUCCUGUUUUCCAGAUAAUCUUAGCUGUGUGCUCGUACAGUUAACAAAGGAUUAUACUAGAAAAUAUUAGAAUGUGUUUGGUUUGGUGCUGCAUUUCUGUUGUGUGCAAAAUGUCAGGUGGUGUACAAAAGCUUGCAAAUUUCUGCUUGUUGGACGCUUUGCAUCAACGUUUACCUCCAUUGCUUCUGGUCUUGACUGUUCUGAUGCAAUGCUGCAAUAACGGUGCUACAAAUGAAAUGAUUCUGGGACAAUUUCAUGGUGGUAGAGCGGCACUGUGUGCGCCUAUAACAUGCACUGCAUGGAUAUCUUCAUAGAUUCCUGCACGCUGCCAUCAAAUAUAUCGCACGACCAUUCUUUAAGACACACUUGUGCUCCAAUUUGGUUCUCAAGUACUGAUUCCUGUGAUCAACCACAUGUUUUGCAGCCAUUGUAUCAUUGCAUUUGUCUUUCACCCUGCCUAUGUCGAUAAUUGCUGCUCUUUGGUCCUUGUAAUUUCAACAGCUAUAUAGCGAUGUCCAUGUCCCUGUCCUAAUUUAUCGCCACAUGACUCUCUGUUUGCAAAGUCUGACGAGGGCGUAAAUGUAACGAUGCACUUGGUGUUGGUCCCAAGCUGUGCCGGCAUGCAACACAAGUGAAGGAGUACGGGUUAUUGCUUCUCCUUCCCAGAUUCUACUCUCGUGAGAGCUUCACUUUCCUGCUGCCUCUCACGAGAGAAUAGAUUCUGCAUUUUUUUUUUUGGGGUUUUGUUUCUCUCUGCAGUUUAUCUGAUACUCCAAGCCAAAUUGGCAAAUUGGAUAGCAGCCGAAAGAGACUGAUGAUGGUGUCACCCAUCAUGUGAGCAUCAUCAUAUCUGAUACUCUAUUUUGCCAAGCAACCAUGUUGCCACGCUAGGACGAAAUUCUCUGUUCUUUGUUUGUGUCUUGUUCUCCUUUUCAUUUCCCUUAUUUUUGUUUCUUAGUAAACCUACUAGUACAACAGCGUGCAACUAUGCAUGCCUAAACAUACGUACAUCUGAUUAUGCUGCAGUAUCUUUUUCAUGUGUCUGGAUUUUAGUUAGACCUUGUCAAGGAAUUGGUACAAGAGGUUCAUGCUCCAUAUGACGGUUCUCGGCACGGCAGCCAUGGAAUCUGGCCAACUUCAUCGUGGUUUGUGAGCUGUAUUGCCUUGAUUUGGUGUUGGAGUUUGACAAAUGCAGUGUUGCUUUCAAGUUAUGCAAUGCAUAUAGACUGAUGAAUGGUGAUGCACUGAUCCGGCUUGUAGAUGACAAGUGUGAUGAGCUGAUGCUGGCAGUUCUCUUGCUAGCAGGCCUAUCAUUGAUUCUUCACUGCAGCACGUCUGGAAAACUCGAUUAUAGUAGUGAGCAACCUGGGAGCUAUGUUCGAUAAGGUUUAGACUUGCAAGUCUGGUGAACCUCCCCGUUUAUAUGGGUUUGAUGGUGACUAUUUGUGAUACUUCAGAAACUGAAAGCGAGAGCUCAGUCUUUCAUUUGAUCAUUCUAUGCGCAUUCGUGCUCUGGUCAAUUCCAAUUCUAGAAGUAACUA